ACAUGGCUUUCAUACAAAACAACGGAGUGAGCCAUCUCCCUCUUUUAAACUAUAUUUGCUGAGGGCAAGCUUGUUGUACAGUUUGUUCUCGCUGCUAAGCUUUUCUCUCAUUGGUGCCGCAGUACCAGUGGUGUACUACCCACUGCUCAAGUAGCUCCAACAGCUGGAUGUUACAGAUGCUGUGAGUUUGAGAAAGGCUUUGAGUAGCCCGGGGGGCGGUCAAUACACACUGACAACCGACGCAAACAGCUCCCAUUACACUGUGUCCAAAGGCAUGUCACAUUUGACCCGUCUGCUGCUGUGCGGCUAGCCGGUCAGCUAAGGUUAGCCACCGACUGUUAGCUCUGGCGGCUGACUGCAUCAAUAAAGUCGAGCUGACAAAACAUUUCACGAAAAGACAAAAUAACAACACAGCCAAUGUCACGUGGUGAAAACUGCCGCAGUAUUUAGGAAACUUUGGACUCCCAUGCGGACUUCAUCCACUGUUUCCGUCGUCGUCUGGAGAGGGUUAACGGUAGCGACAGCCGCUCGGUUGAGAGUCACACAAUGUUGCUGUUUAGCACCGCACGCCUACUCGGAAGAGGGAAACCCGUGCUCCGUGACCGCUUUACGAGGAUUUGCGUAAACAUGUCGUCCUCCUCUCACUCGGGUAAGAGACUGCGGGUUCUGGUCGACAUGGACGGGGUGCUGGCGGACUUCGAGGGGGGCUUCUUGAAGAAGUACCGGGCCCGGUACCCGGACGAUCCCCACAUCAGCCUGGAUGACAGGAGAGGGUUCUGGGUGUCAGCGCAGUACGGGCAGCUGAGGAGUGACCUGUGUGAGAAAGCCAUCAGUAUCUGGGAGUCCAAGAACUUCUUCGUAGAGCUGGAGCCGCUGCCAGGAGGAGUGGAGGCGGUCAAAGAGAUGGCCAAGAUGGAUGACACAGAUGUCUUUAUUUGCACCAGCCCCAUAAAACAUUACCAACACUGCCCGUAUGAGAAGUAUGCCUGGGUAGAGAAGCAUCUGGGUCAUGACUUUCUGGAGCAGGUCAUCCUGACCAGAGACAAAACGGUGAUCAGCGGAGACCUCCUCAUAGACGACAAGCCUGACAUUCUGGGCGUGGAGCCCAAACCGACGUGGGAGCACAUCCUGUUCACCGCCUGCCACAACAAGCAUCUUUCCGACAGCCCCUCCCGGAGACGGCUCCUGUCUUGGGCGGACGACUGGAGGGCCAUCCUGGACGGCAAAAGGCAGUGAGGGAACUCCCAUGAGCCCCCCGGCCCCCUACCAUCACCACACCGAGGCUCGGAGGGAAACGCUGACCUGCAGAGGCGGCGCCAGAAUUCAUUUCCGAAAAAAAGAGAGUUGGGUAAAAUAUUCAGAGGGGAAAUGAUCAGCCAAAUUAACAAUAACACACAAGGUUGGAUGUUUCACACACUUGUUGCACUCUGCCGGGAGAAGACGUUCACUUGUCUGACCACAAGGGGGCGCCCCGAUACCGAGUGUGAAGUGAGCCGCCAAUCCACCGGUCCCACUGAAGAAACUGACAACAAAACAUUGAAUUCAAAAUGGACACGUGGUAAGUCUAAAAGGCAGAUUGGAGAGCGGCUCCGUGUCUGCAUACUGUAUCUUUUGACUGCGGACAUUUCUCUUCAACAUCAGACAUUUUUAUUUCUGAGACACAUGGGUCUUCUCUGCAAAAGAGCAGAUAUGGUGUUUUUUUUAAAAAACCAAUUCACAAAAUGUGUGCUGCAUAUGUUUAAGAUAUUAAAGUAGGAGAAGAUUAGUUUAUUGGGUGCUACAUCUUGUUUUUAUGUGCUCUACUUUCACACAGACUGUCAAACUAUUUAUUUUGAAAAAAAAAACAUAUUGUAUAAAUUUCUUCUCAAACUUUAGCAAUUUACCGAUUUGUAAAUACACUGAAAUGACAAAGUAAUAGUACCUCAUAAUAAACAGAAGCCAAUACACGACACUAGCGUCUGUGUUUUUUAAAUACAUUUUGGCUGAAUAGAAUACAUACAUUAUGUCGUCGAGUCAAAAGAGCCACGAAACUGCAUUUGUCUGUUUCAAUCCAAGAAAGUAUUCUGGUACGAAUGAUGUGGAAAGUGCACUCGCACUCAGUUGCAUUGUUCUGCUUCAUGGUUCAUCAAGUGAAUACACACUGCGAGUACGUUUUAGUUCACUUUGGCUAUUUGUGGCAGGGUCCGUUACAAGUUUGCCUGUUGCUGCUAAUGUGCUUUUUGGGAACAGAGCGGUGGAUGCUGGGCAUGUGUUAUGGCUGAUGCACUUAGUGCUGAAGUGUCAUUGUGCCUGGUCUUAAAAUGCUUCUUUCUGUCCAUGGGUGGUGUGUGUCUCAUUCCACCUCGCUUUCAAAGAAUAACAGUAUGACCGAUGUGCUCUUAGUGGUCCUUUUUAUUUUUUUCAUUAAAUAGCACAUGGAACUGGCUACUAGAAUACGUUUUUCUUCCAUUUUUGUUUUUUAGAGAGAACAGGACUUGUUAUAGAGAGAGAGGACCGGACACGUACGGUUGGUUGACUUGGCAGCCCGUCGCAUUGUCGCUCGUGGUGUGAACGUAGCAUUUGACCGACGUCGUCAAAAGUUACAUGAACUCGCAAAAAAGCUUUUGGCAGAAACUCCAACCUCCUGGGUGGACAUCCUGGCGGUGUGAGGGAGUUUGACUAAACACGAUGAACUGCGCCUUUGUGCGCUUGUUUUUGUAACGUCCUCUCUGAUGCUCAUAUCAGAGUUAAGUUAAGGACACAGAAAACAGCAGCUGAAUAUGACGAUUAAUCUUGAGUCUGGACUCAAAAUGGGUUUGCCCUCAGUCCAUUUUGUCAUAUCAGGAUGGACUUAGAUACUCAUGAGAAACUGCUGGCUAUUACAUGUCAACGUCUGCCUCCUUAUGCCCAUGGAUUCUUGCAUUUUGGUGCUGAAUACCUGCGCCUGUGUCUAUCGAACACUAAAGGAUGCUAUCAAGGCCCAACCUAGACGUGUGUAGAGUUUGCACUUCACGUUGGACUGUGGGAGGAACCACAGAUCACGGAGGAAACCCAGGCAAGAAAUUUGUGAACAGGGACGAAAAAACCCAUCUCUCAGUCAGUAUUUAGAUACAGUAUUACGUGCAUCCUUGUAGCUCUCUCGUCUGUUCUCUCUUUGGAAUAAAACCCUCUACCUGCAUCCUGUUUGUCACCCGGAGCACUUUCAAAGUCCCGCCUCUGCUUCCUCUCCAUACUUCCCACCCGCCACUCAACUAGGUCAGCUGUCUCUCACAAGUGCUUGAAGCUCCUGCGGAGGAACCGAUCGGUUCCAUGUGACCGCUCGACCGGUAGCCAUGUAGCACCAACACUGCAGGUGUGUCAGUUGUAUGCCAGCCUUAUUUUUUUAUUUAUUUUUUGUCAAUGAAUGUCUCAUGUUUGUGGUGCUGAUGAUCAUUUCUGCAGCAGCAGCGACUACUGCGUUUUUGGGAG